AUGGCGUCCAAGCGGAUCCUCAAGGAGCUCAAGGACCUGCAGAGGGAUCCCCCCACCUCCUGCAGCGCCGGCCCUGUGGCAGAAGAUAUGUUCCACUGGCAAGCAACGAUCAUGGGCCCAUCGGAAAGCCCAUAUGCUGGUGGUGUAUUUUUGGUUACUAUUCACUUCCCCCCAGACUACCCAUUCAAACCACCGAAGGUUGCAUUUAAAACAAAGGUUUUCCACCCAAAUAUCAACAGCAAUGGGAGCAUCUGCCUUGAUAUCUUGAAGGAACAAUGGAGCCCUGCAUUGACAGUUUCAAAGUUGCACGUUUACCUGACAAGCCCCUAUUUCCAGGUGCUCCUUUCAAUCUGCUCUCUACUAACAGACCCGAACCCCGACGACCCGUUGGUUCCGGAGAUUGCACACAUGUACAAGAGUGAUCGUGCGAAGUAUGAGUCCACAGCGAGGAGCUGGACCCAGAAGUAUGCAAUGGGCUGA